CCUAACUCCAUAUCCAUCACCCACACCCCCGCCAUGUCUGCCCUCCUCGCUGGGUACGCCUCUUCCGACGACGAAGACAUCCCCGGGCCCUCGGUCCUUAAGACUGUGAAUGUCGACGGCGGAGAUGACGACGAGAACGACGAGGAGAUCGAGGCUGAGGCGCGCAAGGAUGCUUUCGGCCUCACAUCCGCGGCACCAGCCAAGGCGUCCAAAGUCGUCACCAAGCUCGAUGUCACCGCGACCCCGGAUGUGUUGGCAGAAGACCCCAACAUGGUCUCAAAUGCCAUCGUCGCGCGCCCAACAGACCAGGUCGUCAACGUCAACCUGCGCUACGAGGACAUGACCAAACCCGUCCAAGGGCCGGAAGACCCGUUCAACCAGGCCAAGAACAAGGGUAUGAACUCGGCCGCAGGUCACGUCGAGGAGCAGGUCAUGGAUACGUACGAGUUCGAGCGGCAGAAGCGGACUUUCGAAGUCCUCGGGUAUGCGAAUGAUCCAUCCAUUGCGGGCAAUGGCGCGCUAGUCGGGUCGGCGGAGACGGCGGCGGCGAACGGGUUCAGUAUGAUCGACACGCUGCGGCCAUCAAAGGCGCAGCGCCGGGCGGCUAAGAGGAAACGGGCGGGCAAGGGCGACGCGAGCGUCACCGAUGGCGCCGACGCAUACCUCGGCCCAUGGGCGGGAUACGAGGAGCCCAAGGACGAGAUGGCAGUGGCCGAGGAGGACGAGGAGGAGGACGAGGAGUGGCGCGUGGAGAAGAAGCGCCGCGAGGAUGCCAAGGCGGCUGCGCAGGAGAAGAUGAAGCAGUCGAACGAGGAAAAGUCGACGUUCCACGGAAAGGAGCUGUACGACUACGCCGGGCGAUCGUACCUGCACAUCCCGACAGAUGUUGACGUCAAGCUUAACCCAACAGAAGGGACUCCACCGCUCAAUUCGUACGUGCCGGACGGCAAGUGUCUCCACACCUGGACGGGGCAUAACAAGGGCGUGUCGGCCAUCCGCCUGUUCCCGCGUAGCGGCCACCUCCUGCUGUCGGGAAGCAUGGACACGAAGAUCAAGCUCUGGGACGUGUAUCACGAGGGCAACUGCUUGCGGACAUUCAUGGGCCACUCGCAGGCCGUCAAGGACGUCGCGUUCGACCGCAAAGGCGAGCGCUUCCUUUCGGCCUCGUUCGACCGCACUGUCAAGCUAUGGGACACGGAGACAGGCAAGGUCAUCUCGCGCUUCUCCACAGGCAAGGUCGCGAACGUCGUCAAAUUCCACCCGGACGCCGAGAGGCAAAACAUCUUCUUGGCCGGCAUGCAGGACAAGAAGAUCCUGCAGUGGGACACGCGCUCGCAUGAGAUUGUGCAGACGUACGACCAGCACCUCGGGCCCGUGAACACGAUCACGUUCGUCGACAACAACCGACGCUUCAUGACGACGUCGGACGACAAAACGAUCCGCGGGUGGGACUUUGACAUCCCCGUCGUCAUCAAGUACAUUGCCGAGCCGUACAUGCACUCGAUGCCGUCGGUGGCCAAGCACCCCGGGAAUAAGUGGGUCGCGGCGCAGUCGCUCGACAACCAGAUCCUUGUGUACUCUGCAGACGGGACGUUCCGGCAGAACAAGAAGAAGCGAUUUGCAGGGCACACGAUCGCGGGGUACGCGUGCACGAUCAAUUUCUCGCCCGAUGGGAAGUACAUCUCGUCUGGUACGGGCGGGGGCGACGUUGUGUUCUGGGACUGGAAGACGGGGCGUAUUGAGAAGCGGCUGCGCGCACACAAGCAGGUGGUGAUUGACCACUGCUGGCUGCCCAACGAACACUCAAAGGUGAUCACGGCAUCGUGGGACGGGUUGAUCAAGCUGUGGGCGUAG